GACUUUGAAGAAGAAACUUAUAACACUUUAUAGUCACAAACACUAAAGUUAUAUCCAAACCAAUUUCAAACAACUAUAAUAGAAAUUUUUUCUUCAAGAAUUCCUAUAAACAUGAAAAUAGAACAUAAUAGAAGACUUUCAGUUUCAUCUUCGUUUUCAGUUAUCAACACCAUCACUAAAAUAGCAAAACCUGCAGCGUAUUUUAUCCUUCUCGUGCUAACUUACACCUUAGGUUACUUAUCUCAUUCUUCUUCUCCUCCUUCAUUACCACAACCGACGCUAUCAGCACCAUCAUCGCCGACGCUAUCACCACCACCAUCAUCGCCGACGCUAUCACCACCACCAUCAUCGCCGACGCUAUCACCGCCACUAUCUCCCGUUUACCGUCUAUCUGACAUCAACACAACCGAGCUCGAACCAUUCCGAGUGAAAACAUCUUGCGCCGAACCAAUUCCACCAGAGAAUAUUCAUAGCAUACUCAUCGAGCAUAUCUUCGACGGAGUCUCGCCGUUUAUCAACUUUCCUCCGCCGCACGCGGAGGAGAAGCUUCGUCUCAGCAAGAAAAUCACAGGAUGGGGUUCAUACGGCGCCGUUUUCGAGAACCUUAUUCGGAAAGUCCAGCCUCGGAUAAUCGUUGAGGUUGGAACGUUUCUUGGAGCUUCAGCGAUUCACAUGGCUGAGUUGACUCAGCGACUCGGACUCGAGACUCAGAUUCUAUGCAUCGAUGACUUUCGUGGUUGGGCCGGGUUUAGAGACAAGGUAAAAAACAUAGCGAUGUUAAACGGUGACGUUUUGCUUUAUUAUCAGUUUCUUCAAAAUGUUGUUACUUUUAAUCAAACCGGGUCGAUUUUACCCUUACCGUUUUCAAGCGGGUCGGGAUUAUCAAAGCUUUGUGAAAUGGGUAUUUGGGCUGAUUUAGUAGAGAUUGAUGCGGGUCAUGAUUUUUUAUCGGCCUGGUCGGAUAUUAACCGGGGUUAUCGGAUCGUCCGACCCGGUGGGAUUAUUUUCGGGCAUGAUUAUUUUACUGCUGCAGAUAAUAGAGGAGUUAGAAGAGCUGUUGAUUUAUUUGCCAAAAUUCAUAACCUUAAGGUGAAUGUUGAUGGUCAACACUGGGUUAUAUACCCUAAUCAUAUACAAUAACCAUACACAUAAUAAUCAUGGUUAAGAUUUUUUUUAUUGAAUAUUUUGAGAUAUAUGGUUUUUAUGAUGUGUAUAAGUUUAUUAUUAAGAAGAAAGGUGUGUGUAUAAAUAAAGUUUUCAAGUUUGAUGAA